CAGGCCUGAAUAGUCCAUCUUCACCCCACCUGAAAAGUGUGCUAUUCACUUUAUGUUGGUGUCAUGAGUGGAAUCUGCCAUGUGUGAUUUUGCUCUGAUAAUUUCUUCUUCUUAAGACAUUGUUGCAGGAUGAGUUUUGCCAAUCAUUGUUUCAAUGUUGUCCACAGUCUUUAUGGGUGUAGUAUUCCUCGUCCUAUGGCAUUGGAUGCAUCCAAGAGGUCCGCCCCAUCUCUCCCCACCCCUACCACACCCUCUGUACCUUCUACUCCCUCUACCCCGUCUACCCCCUCUACCCCACAGUUUAUUGUCCCUCCUAGCCCACCUGCCACUGCUACUCCCAGACACACUCUCAACCCCCCUUCAGCCCCCAUGCCCAUCUCUCAGCGCUAUCGGCCUUACUCCGUCACCUCUCCCUUGGGGGCCCCUUCCCCUUCCAGCCCUGGUCUCAGAGGCUUUAGUUUCUUCGGACCCUCUCCUGGUUCCGCAGGGCUCUCUGUUCCUCCCAACACCCCAGUCCCUGUGCCACCAGCAAGCCCUCAGUCCCUGACCUUGAGCUCACCUAGGGCUCGCAACCCUCCCUCAACCUCCACCUCCACCACCACCACUCCUGCAGUCCCCCCUUCUCCCAGAUCACAUGCCCGACAGGCUGCCUUUGCUUCCAGGAUUCCACCAUCUAGGUAUCUUCUGUGCUAUUCGCAUGUCAGUGUGCGGUGCUCAUGCAAGCAACAAUACUAAAACCUUAACUUUCGUGAAUCACCAGUUUGGAGGGUGUGUGUAUGCUAAGUCUUUAAUCUUAAUACAGUUUUCUUUUGUAUGGUUUAUACAAAGUUU